AUGGAGCGGAUUGAACGCUUGCUCUCACGGCCGACGGCGAAGCCAUACCGAUCACGCGAUAUUGAAGCCUCGGAAGAACCAUGGCUCAACGAGGACGGCCUACUGGACUUCUCCCCCGACGAUAUGGAAAACCCCAAAAACUGGUCAAAGGCUCGCCGCUGGUACAUCACCGUCGCAUCCGUCAUCCUGGUCGUUAACGCAACUUUCGCCUCUUCGAGUCCGUCAGGUACGCUCAAUGGAAUUGCCAAGGAUCUGCACGUCUCGACAGAAGCCGCUGGACUAGUCGUGACUCUGUUCCUACUUGGUUACUGUGCAGGGCCUCUCGUCUUUGCCCCACUCUCGGAGUUUUACGGUCGCAGAUGGAUCUUCUACAUUACCUUUACCUUCUACUUGGCAUUCAACUUCCUUUGCGCUUUCACACCAAAUUUUGCAGGCCUCCUUGUCGGUCGCUUUUUGACUGGUACCUUUGCGAGUGCCUCAUUGUCCAAUGCCCCCGGUGUCCUUGCCGACAUCUGGGGUCCCGUCGAGCGCGGCAAUGCCAUGGCCACUUUCUCUAUGAUGACUUUCGUUGGCCCUGCCCUUGGACCUGUCAUUUCGGGAUUCUUAGAGCUGAAAGAAAACUGGAGAUGGAGUUUCUACGUCCUUCUGUGGUUGGGCGGCUUCACCGAAUUCUUGAUGUUCACAAUCCCCGAGACCCUCCCUUCAAUCGUCCUCCUGAACAAGGCAAGGAGAAUCAGGGCCUUGAAGAUCCCCGGAUAUGAGAAUGUAAAGGCCCCCGUCGAAGUCACCGACAGAACCCUCAAGGGCAUGUUCGCAGUUGCCUUGACUCGCCCAUGGAAAAUCUUGGUUGACCCAAUCUCGUUCGCCGUUGCCGUCUAUCUCGCGGUCGUGUACGCACUGCUGUACAUGCUGUUCACCAUCUACCCUAUCGUGUUCCAAGAGAAGCGUGGUUGGAACUCAGGAGUUGGUGAGCUUCCACUUAUCGGAACUGCAGUCGGUGCAGUAAUUGGUGGGUCCAUCAUCUUCACCGUAUCUGCGCGCGAUAGAAAGAGGUUGGCUGCUGGCCACAAAGCUGUGCCGGAGGACCGUCUUCCCGUUGCGAUGAUUGGUGGAAUCAUGUUCCCUGUCACUAUGUUCUGGUUUGCCUGGACCGGAAACUUUAACAGCGUACACUGGAUUGUGCCGACCAUUGCUGGUGUCUUCCUAUCAACAUCUAUCCUGUUGAUCUUUGUUGCAUACCUCAACUACCUGACCGAUACGUAUCUCAUGUAUGCAGCCAGUGCUUUGGCAGCCAACACAGUUGCUCGUUCAGCAGCGGGCGCCGCUGCGCCACUCUUCACUCAGUACAUGUUCGACGCUCUGGGUGUUGGCGGUGGUGGCUCGCUCAUCGCCGGUAUCGCUUGUUUGCUUGCGCCCAUUCCUUUCAUCUUUUACAAAUACGGAGGACCGAUCCGUGAGAAGUCGAAGUUCGCACCGACGUCGCCCAGCAGACCGGAGCCGACGGAGGAAGAAAAAGAGGACGAGCCUCUAGAGAAUGAGCCGAAAGAAGAUCUGUCGAGUGGGCACGAUCACAGCAAUAGCGACACUGAUGUUUCCCGCGCCCCAUCGCAUACAAUGGAAGCGAUCAAGCCUGCGAACAGCGACGCAACCGUGUAA